GCGCUAACCACUGCGCCACCAUGGAGCCCGAUCCAAACCAACACAUUUAAAAAGGGGACAAAGUCUUCAGAAGAUAAGUACUCAGGAUUGAUGCUGUUCAUAGUUAUUAAGAACAGACUUAGGUCCAGCAUGUGCCUCUUUCUGUGCCGGUGGUUCAGGUGUGUUCCUCCCUGCAGACUUACAGACAUGAACAAACAGGUUGGACACAUUUGCAGACCCAUCCUCAUGGGGCAAGGCUGAUUUGGGUACAGUGACUGUUCUGUAAUGGCUUGUUUUUUUGGAUGCUACAAAUUGCCACCUGCAGCUGACAAUUAAAUCAUGGCCUCUAGCAGUUUACAGUAGUGUGCUGCAGGACUGUUUGAAAGGGAUCAGCUGUGAGCACAUUUCUUGGAAAUAUAAUAAAUGUUUAGUUAUGUAAUUUAGUCUUGACACUUGCUUUUCACUUUUUGGCAUGUCCUUCCAGGGGUCACCACAGCAAGUCAGCUUUCACUGAUCCAUACAUGUACUUAGGCAAAGAUUUUUGUGCAGGAUGCUCAGAUUUUAUCUGAGCUGGGGACUGGCACGGGGGAACCCAGACCCAGGACCCCUUGUGGCUACAUGGGCAGUAGGAUGAAGGGUCUUGCCUAAAGAUGAAGCUGAGCUCCCUUAUUUUUGACACUUGUAGGUUUAAUGCGUGUUCUCUGCUGUUUCUGAGAAAGAGAAAAAACUGUUGUAGCAUCAUUUUCUACCAUAUUUUAGUGCUUGCUGAAAUGAAAACAGUUAAGUUCAUGAAAUAAAAAGUGUAAGGAGAUAAAAAAUACUAUAAAGCAUUGCCCCUUUUUACACUUCUGCAUCUGUUUGUUUCUGUUUGUGGCUCUUUUCCCUUGAGAGCAGACGAGACACCUGUCUCAUGCUGCAGCCUUGUUUGCCGCCUGCUCCGGUGAGAGCUUUCUAAACUUCUUCAAGCCGUCACAAAGGAUGGAUAUCAUUAGCUUCGCGCUCGGAUUCUGUGCCCUUUUUUGUCUUCACGGAUCCGUUUCAGCAGAAUCCACCUGCAAGCUGAAGGCCAAGUUCAACCUGAACAGCUACAAAGAUGUGGAGAAGAAGAAGGUUGUUAUUGGGGGCAUGUUUCCAGUUCACAAGCGCAUUGCCUCUAAUGAUGGGAACACGUCUAGGGUACCUGUGUCCUCAGGAUGUGAAGGAUUCAACUUCCGCACUUUCCGCUGGACCCAAACCAUGCUGUUUGCUAUCAAUGAAAUUAACAAAAGGAACGACCUGCUGCCCAAGACUGACCUGGGUUACGUCAUCUACGACUCCUGCUUCACCAUCUCCAAGGCGGUGGAAGGGACUCUGACUUACCUGACGGGCCAAGACGAAGCAGUACCCAACUACCGGUGCGGUAACGGGCCUCCUCUUGCUGCCCUCGUGGGUGCUGGGGGCUCUGACCUGUCCAUUGCCACUGCCAGAAUACUUGGCCUUUACCAUUUCCCUCAGUUUCCUACCUUCCUGAGGACCAUUCCCAAUGACCAGCACCAAUCCACAGCAAUGGCCCAGAUGGUGCUCCACUUUGGCUGGACAUGGGUGGGCAUCAUAGCUGCAGAGGAUGAUUAUGGCAAGUAUGGCAUCAAAGAUUUCAAGGAUCAGGUGGAAGAAGCUGGUGUGUGCAUCUCUUUCUCUGAGACCCUGCCAAAGGUGAGUUCCCCUGCAGCCAUCCAGAGGGUUGUUCAAACUAUAGUAGAGUCCACAGCCAAAAUCAUUGUGGUCUUCUCGUCAGACGUUGACCUCAGUCCGCUCAUCUCUGAGCUGCUCCGUCACAAUGUGACCAACCGCACCUGGAUUGCCAGCGAGGCCUGGAUCACCUCCGCCCUCAUCAACCAGCCCGGGGUGAGCCCAGUCUUAGCUGGAACCCUGGGUUUUGGGGUGAAGAGGGCUGAGAUUCCUGGACUUCAGCGCCAUCUUUUGGAUCUGGAUCCAUUUGCUGACCCACUCACUGAGGAAUUCUGGGAGACGUUGUUUAAUUGCACGUUGGACUACGGCAAAGCUCUGAGAAUGGCCCGAGAGGUGAACCGCACUCUGUCCAGAGCAGGGGUACCUGAUGGGUUGUGUACUGGGACUGAGUCUGUGGCUCAGCUCAGCAACACCUACUCUGAUGUCUCCCAGUUAAGAAUCACUUACAGUGUUUACAAAGCUGUGUAUGCCGUGGCCCAUGCUCUGCACCAUCUUGAGCACUGUGAACCAGGAAAUGGGCCCUUUGUGGGGAAAAGCUGUGCAGACAUCACCAACUUUGAGCCGUGGCAGCUGAUGUACUACAUGAAGAAUGUGCACUUCAAAGUGCCAAACACAGAGGAGGAGAUCUACUUUGUUGACGGUGACAUAGAGGGCUACUAUGACAUCAUUAACUGGCAGCUUGGAGGUGACGGGGAGAUAUCCUAUGUCACUGUGGGGCACUACAAUGGAUCUGCAGCUCCAGAGGACAGACUGCACAUAAGGAACGACUCCAUUGUUUGGAACAACGAUGAAUCAACGCCUCCGCGGUCAGUGUGCAGCGAGAACUGUCAGCCCGGCACAAGAAAGGGGAUCCGGCAGGGGGAGCCAGUCUGCUGCUUUGACUGCAUCCCGUGUGCUGAUGGAGAAAUCAGCAACACCACCAACGCUCGAGAAUGCAUCCUGUGCAGCGGCGAUUUCUGGUCCAAUGAUGCCCAUGACACCUGUGUGCCAAAAAUCAUAGAGUUCUUGGCUUUUGGAGAACCCCUGGGAAUCACUCUCAUAGUCAUCGCUGCGUUAGGAGCUUUACUUACCAUAGCUGUUGGGGUUGUUUUAAUUCUGCACAUUGACACUCCUCUGGUCAAAGCCAAUGAUCCUUUGUUGAGCUUCUCGUUGCUCUUCUCCUUGGUGGUGACCUUCCUUUGCUCCAUUGUUUUCCUCGGAGAGCCUCAGCACUGGAGCUGCAUGACCAGUCAAGUGGCUUUGGCUUUGGGUUUUGCUCUCUGCCUUUCCUCCAUCAUGGGUAAAGCAGCAGUUCUGAUGCUCAGAGCUCAAGCCCUGAAAGCAGCUCGGCUCAAAGCCAAAGCAGCCGCCAAAGCUGCUAAAGCGGCAGCUGAAAAUGUGGCUAACGGAGGCGGUCCUGAUGUGAUCGCAACCAGCACAAUCAACAAUGAGGCCAGCACCUUUCCCACCCCAGAAAAGGACAUUCUCACCUGUGCUCACCAGAGGACAAUAGCAAUGGUGGCAACAUUAGUACAGGUCAUAGCAUGCACGGUGUGGCUCAUCAUCCUCCCUCCACACCCCGUCAAGAACACCUCAGCUCAGAACAUCAAGAUUAUUCUUGAGUGUGACGAAGGUUCCAUUGUCUUCAUUUGUUGCGUCUUUGCAUAUGACAUUGUGCUGGCCCUGCUGGCUUUUGUCUUUGCCUUCAUAGCUCGCAAACUCGAGGACCACUUCAGUGAGGCAAAGUGCGUGACCUUCGGGAUGCUGGUGUUCUUCAUCGUGUGGAUCUCCUUUGUCCCGGCUUACCUCAGCACGCGGGGCAAGUUCAUGGUCGCCGUCCAGAUUUUUGCCAUUCUGGCCUCCAGCUUUGGGUUGCUGUUCUGCAUCUUCCUUCCCAAGUGUUACAUCCUUUUGGUCAAACCUGAACGCAACAAGGAGGAGAUGAUGAAGCCCCGGCCCAAACCGCGAGAUGGUACAACCACUGGGACCUCAGCCUCACUCGCCACAACUGCUACAGAGAUCAAUGCAUCCACUGCUGUCGAUGAUCAAGAUUAAAAAUAACUACAGAUAAUAAAAAAGAAGUUCAUUGUUCAGUCAUUUGGUACACUAUAGGUAGAAUCAGUGAUGCAAAAAAUGUAAAGUUAUUUCAAGACUUCAAGGAAGUCCUUUUAUGAUAUAUAGAAAGAUUUCUGUACUUCAAGGAGCAAUAUUUGUCCUUUAGGAUCACUGUAACAUGUUUUCUUUUGAAAGAAAUAAAAAUAUUUUAGUGUUA